CGACCGCUGCGGGUUGAGACUUCCAAGGUGUCUUGUUCCAGCUUGCAACCGAGACUUCUCCUACACUUGUUUCUUAUUCUCCUGCACCUUGUAUCAGGGGUGUUUAGCAUCAAAGUCCAGAAGAUAAUCGUGCCACAUCCGGGUGUCGUCGAACGUCCAGCGACGCUAGAAUGUGUGUACGACACCGAACAAGAUAAUUUCUAUUCUAUACGCUGGUAUUUAAACGGGGAGCAGUUCUACAGUUCUAUCAAGAAAAAUAAUCCAGAAAAAAUAAACCAUAAUCAUACAGAUGUUGAUGUUGAGCUGGAGCACUCAGACACGAGAAAAGUCACCAUAAGAGAAAUCACAGCAGCAGCGGAGGGCCAAUACAGAUGCGAAGUUAUGGAGAGGCGCCUCUCUUCGAAACGGGCUCGACAACACAAAAACCUCACAGUCGUCAGACUCCCGGAUAAGCCUGAAAUCCGAAUUAUGAGAAGUUCGUACCGGGUGGGAGAUGUUCUGGAAGCGACGUGCACAGCGCGACACUCUUGGCCAGCCUCAACGAUCUCCUUCUCUGUCAACGGCGAGCACAUUCAUGCAGAGCCAGGUCGCGUGAGGAACAUGGGCGUAUCCAAGGACAAGGGUCAUUCCUAUUUCCCGAAGGGAUCCUAUACCUCCACCAGUAUGCUGAUCCUUCCCGUAGAGAGGCGAUUCUCGUCCAGCCUCCGCCUGGGGUGCCACGCUCAUGUGCAGUCCCUGGAAAAUGCCAACUUCGUCACUGUGGAGGUGGAGUUCGGAAUCUCCAGCAUGUUCUCCUUCUUCAAUGCAGGUGUCGCCUGUUGGAGUUCAGACAUCGUUCUCACCACGAUGACACUGACGAUGCUUCUGCUACUUCAUAAUUGGUUGUAAUGAUUCGCUCCUGAAAAUGAAUAAGGGAAGACUUUCGGUGGUGCCUCCCCUCUUCCAGUGGUUAAUGGAAGAAAAGAAAAUGUAAAGAGAGAAAAAAUAUGAAGAAAAGCAAAAAUUUUAUUUAUACUUGAAUUAAUGAAGAUUUGUGUAAAUAUUGAUCUUCUAAUGAAACAUAUCGAGUGGUCUCUUUUUUUUAUUUUCAAUGGAGAAAGGAUACGAAAGAAGUGAAUUGCCAAGAGGCUCCAGAAAGAAGUUAAAAUUCUGAUAUAAAUGAUAAAGAGAGAGAGAGAGAGAGAGAGAGAGAGAGAGAGAGAGAGAGAGAGAGAGAGAGAGAGAGAGAGAGAGAGAGAGAGAGAACAAACACAUCGCAUUCAUACCCUACGAGAUAUACGUCGUACACGAAAGUACAUUAGGAAUUCUUAAAUGUGCCUGAUUUGACAAUGCACUUGUGAUCAUCAAAUCUUCGGCGCUUAAUUCACCUUUUUUCAUUUACCUAUUUUGAAAAAAAACAAUAUUAAAAAAAUGAAAAAAAAAAAAAAUUAAAAACAAAGAUGAACCAAAGCUCUUAAAGAAGACAAAAUUAUACGGAAAUGUUUAUCUUUCGAUAGAUAUUUCCUUUCCUUCCGCUUAAGUAAAAUACAUUCGAGGGAAAUUACAAUGCCAUUCCUGAACCUUUUGUAUUUGUAAUAUUGAAGUGGUUUGCGAGUAUACUAUACUAUGCUAUACAUACAUACAUACAUACAUACAUACAUACAUACAUACAUACAUACAUACAUACAUACGAGAAACUAUUAAAUGAAUCACACACAA